AUGAACAACAAAUUGAUGUUUGUUAACUGCCAAAAAUGUGGUGAAGAUUUCAUUCGAGAAGAGUGUCAGCAUUCUAUUCAAGAAAGAAGCAUAAAAGGAACUUGGGUGAUAGAAGAGGUGCUCAAAGCUAUUGAAAAAGGUUACCAGAUUAUAGAGACUUGCGAAAUAUGGGAAUACGACACAAUUCAGCUCAGUAAAGACCAAGAGGGGUUAUUUGGCGGAAUGAUGAACAAGUUUCUACAAAUAAAACAACAAGCUUCAGGAUGGCCUAAACAUUGCUUAACGGAUGAAGAAAAAAACCGUUAUAUUUUUGGAUAG